AUGUCUUCGCCACCCCGGGAACGACCGAUCAAACCAGCAAAGGCGGGAAAGAAAGGCAAGAAGGACAAGGAUGAUCGGCCUUCGAAGACAUCCGGCUCGAGAAAACGAAAUGCCACCGCAAGAAUCUCCGCUGCCUGCGAAGCUUGUAAAAAACGAAAGACCCGGUGUACCGGAGGACCACCGCCUUGUCAGCUUUGCGAAUCGCUCGGUACAGAAUGCGUGAUUGAUUUAUCUCUCGAUAUGAGACGUCGAGCAGCUCUUCAGCGGACUAUGGAUGAAUCCAAAAUGUAUCAAGACGCUCUGAAUGGAUUGAUCGAUAAUAUGCGUGAAGGACCUUCACCACGUCUCGACUCUCUGCUUGAAUACAUCCGAAGCGGCGCAACCAACCAAGAAAUCACGAGUGUGAUAAAUCAUCAUCUGAACGAUGCCGAAGAUUCGGAGUUUGACCAAAUGGGUCACACUGAGGGAACAACAUCAGAUGAAGCGAAUGAUGACAUUAAACACGGCUAUGUUCGGAUUGGUGGCCCUUUCUCCCGACAAGAAGCCGAAAGCAGAACAUCAGAUGGGCUCUCAAGCCAUGAAUCCGAAGCAGCAGAAUCUGGAAAGUGGAGGACGACAAAGGGGCCCUCAACAAUCUCGACCUUACUCGUCGCCUUGAGAAAUUGUACCGUCUCUGAAGGAGAAGAUCUUCUGCGUCGGUUCGUUGCUUCGGAAAUGGGCGAGAAGGCUUUUUCGUCGGUGCACAGUUCCAGAAGCAAUACAGAGGGAGUAUCUCCGAGUAUCACGAACUCAAAUGUGGCAGAGCGCCAUCAGUGGCAUCCCGCCUUACAGGACAAUUCCAUGGGUAAUCAUCCUCAGGAAUCGAGAAAAGUUGUCCCCAGUGCUACGAUAUCCACAGAUAUCCCGAUGUAUCCUCCACUGCUCGCCUCUCCUCCAGCCGCUUAUUUGGAGCCAGUCACCGCUCCUUCUUCACCAACCCAAACCGUGAAUCAUUCAGAACUAUGCGUCGCCCAGGAAGGGCAGCAAACCAGACUCCGGAUCCCUGUACAUCUGGUGCUGCCAUUGGUGAUCGAAGAUGACUCGUACAUGAGUCGCACAUAUGUUCAUUAUGUCCAAGCAGCACGGCACAUGCUCGAAAGAGGAGUCCCUUGGUCGGAAGUGCUUGGUCCGGGAGAUCAGGUCACUGUGGAUCUAUUUUUCCGGAACCGCUUACCCGGUGACAAGUUUGACUGUUCCUCGUGGGCGAGCGAGGUUUGUCGAAGUUUUGACAAUGACGUCUUUGUUCGGCUAGCGACGGUGUUCAUGUUAACAUUUAUGAUGCGGUGGCUUCUGGUUCCGACUCUGGAAAAUUACGAGAAACUUCCUGAUAUGAUGAAGCCGACACCGGCACAAUGCAUGAUUCCACAUAUCGGUGCAAUUGAGACAAUACCACUUGCUCCUGUUCGGGAUGCUGCGAUCUACCAGUUACGAGAUUGGCUGACAUCGCUGAACGAGGCGAAUUGGACGGUGAACUGGCCACACGGGAUAGACUCUGCCGUGGAACAAGAUCCAGUGACGGGAGCGACGGUGUUGACAUCAAGAUUCAUUGAUCAUGUGACCAAUAGUAACAAUUGGAGCGUUGGCAUUAGCUUUUUAAACGCAUUUCCCGAAGUUGCAGGACGAAUCAGGAUACAUUAA